GCUGCUCGUCCCUGGUGCAGCCUCCCAGAACCCUUGACCUUGUUGUGAAUGCGUCUCCCGAUGCUCACGAGCGAAUGACGUGCUGCCCAGCCCCAGCAACAAAGUCAAAUCUUCGGAAAGAUAAUGAAUAAAAGUAACCCGCUUGACACCUGCCAGCAUCUACUACUUGGUAUGUACGCGCCUAGCCAGCCACCCACCAUCCCGAAACCUAGCCUGCCUUGCCUAGCCAGCGACUUCCGUUGCCAAGUGGGGAUGACACCUGCGGUCCGGUUGUUUCGCCUAGGAUGACGAUCAUAAAUAUGUAGCCGUAGCCGCUCUGUGGGUGCCUUCCACACACGCAAGUCCACCGUUGUCAUUGCCAGGAACUCUCGUCAUGUCGUCCGGCAGCGCCAAGAGGCCCAACUUCCUCGUCAUCGUCGCAGACGACCUCGGCUUCAGCGACUGCGGCUGCUUUGGCUCCGAGAUCCAGACACCUCACAUCGAUGCCCUAGCUGCCGAGGCCAUACGCUUCAACAACUACCAUGUGGCCGCCGCGUGUUCGCCCACACGGUCCAUGCUGAUGACGGGGACCGACCACCACAUCGCCGGCCUAGGACAGCUGCAGGAGAUCACACGCAACUCGCCAGCACACGCACACGCGCCCGGUCACGAAGGCUAUCUCAACGAGCGCGUUGUGGCCCUCCCAGAGCUGUUGUCCGAGGGAGGCUACCUGACCCUCAUGUCCGGCAAGUGGCAUCUCGGCCUGAAGCCGGAACAUCACCCCAUCGCUCGCGGGUUCCAGAGGUCGUACGCACUGUUGCCCGGCUGCGCCAACCAUUAUGCCUAUGAGCCUCAGUACGAUGACCCGACGACGGAGCCGGAAAAGUUCUUUGAGACGGCGACCCGGGCACUCCAUGUCGAAGACGACCAUUACCUGCCUAGGCUGCCCGACGGCUGGUAUAGCAGCGACGCCUAUGCCGACAAGAUGAUCUCGUACCUAGAGGAGCGCGACGAGGAGGCCAAAUCCAAACCCUUCUUCGCCUAUCUGCCUUUCACUGCGCCUCACUGGCCCAUGCAGGCGCCCAAGGACGUCUGCGACAAGUAUCGCGGUCGAUACGACGCCGGUCCGGAUGCACUUCGACUGGAGAGGCUGGAGAGCCUCAAGAAGCUCGGCAUGGUCGAGCCAGGCGUCAAGCCCCACCCCAUGGUCAUGACAGACGGGACCAACGAGAAUUGGAACGAACUCCCCGAGGAGAUCCGGCAAGCUUCUUGUCGCGCCAUGGAGGUGUACGCCGGUAUGGUCGACCGCAUGGACUGGAACAUUGGUCGGGUGCUAGACCACCUCAAGGCCACUGGGGAGUACGACAACACCUUCAUCCUCUUUAUGAGUGACAAUGGCGCCGAAGGCGCCAGCUAUGAGGCACAGCCAAUCGUGGGCGAAAGUAUCCAAGCCCACGUCCACAAGUACUAUGACAACAGCCUCGACAACAUUGGAAGGGGAAACAGCUUCGUGUGGUAUGGGUGCCGCUGGGCGCAGGCCGCCACCGCCCCAUCCCGCUUGUUCAAGAUGCACUCCACAGAGGGCGGGUGUCGCGUGCCCUUGGUGGUCAAGCCUCCCAUGGGCGCCAAGGGCAGCGCGGGGGUGAUCACCGAUGCGUUCUGCAGCGUCAUGGACGUUGUGCCAACAAUAUUGGAUCUCGCGCAGGUGAAGCACCCCGGUACGGAAUAUAAAGGGCGACAGAUCGCCCCCGUCAGGGGCCGUAGCUGGGUCAAGUUCCUGUCCCUGCUCAACGACACGGCAAGGGCGGAGAAGCCCAGCGUCCACGGUCCAGACUAUGUCAUGGGUUUCGAGUGCGCAGGCUCCGGCGCGUUGAGGAGGGGCGACUGGAAAGUCACCUUUGUGCCGGCGCCCAGGGGGCCUCAGCGAUGGGAGCUCUUCAACAUUCGGGACGAUCCAGGCGAGACAAACGACCUGUGCCAGGAACACCCCCAAGUGUUCGACGAGAUGAUGCAGCUCUGGCAAGAGUACAAGGAUGACGUCGGUGUUGUCGGUGUCGCCGGCGAGUAUCCUGUCCCGGACGUGGGCAGCCAACACGCCCUGCUCGACGAGAUGGAAGACCCAUAUGCCUGGAUCAAGUACAUUGGCCGACCCGAGAUCACCCCAGAACUCUUGAAGAAAGUCGUCCCACCCGCAUGAAGGAGCCUUACCCAUCAGGGAAAAAGUUGGCAUAGUUCAGCGACGCUGGUAUCUCCAUCUGGUCCCAUGUCAGGUAGCCCGCCAUGUCGCCGGCUGUGCGGAUGUAGUCGUCCAUGGUCGGCUGCCCAACCAUCGUGUCUGACACCAUGCUCAUCAUCUGCGAGUUAAUGGGCGGCAGCGUGCUCUGGACUGGAUAGUAAUUCUGGUCCACGACCACAGGAUCAGGUGGCGCGAAGGAGCUGUACGCAGGUCGCAAGACGGGCAGCAUUUGCGUAUGGCGCGGCUGGCUUUGGGGAGUAUUGGGCACCGUCGUGGGGGGUACCAUGAGAGGCGGCAGAGUCCUGCUAUCCUGCCUUGCCGGAGACGGGUGGGUGUGCCUUGAAGACGAGCUCACGGGGCUCUGCACC